AUGGCGUUAAGAGUAGCGACCCUAAAAUGGGCCUCCUCGAGAACGGGGUGUGCUUUAGGAUGCCUCCGGCGAUGGGCGCACGCGAUAGCCCCGCAGCCGCCGCCGCUUGGUACCACCAUCAGCCACACGUCAUCGCCGUUGGGUUUCCCAGAACAUCAAUACAGAAAUGAGAUCGAAGAUGUAUUUCCGAAUUGGUCAUUUUUAGGUGGCUCGAUGGAGCUUAUGGCUGUCCCCAAAAGGAAGGUUUCUCCACACAAGAGAGGCAUUAGGAAUGGACCAAAGGCUUUGAAACCUGUCCCAGUGAUCAUCCGCUGCAAGGUAUGCGGUCGAGUUAAGCUGCCACACUUCUUCUGUUGCAGUGGGAUUAAACCAAACCCGAGUGAACAGACUGGUUGA